AUGCAAGAUGAGUUAUUACAUUUAUGUGCUGAUGAUGUAAGGCAAAAAAUAAUAGAAGAAGUUGAAAGUACUGGAGUGUUAGGGUUGAUGUGUGACGAAGCAAGAUGUUUCAAAGAAGAGCAAAUGACUGUUUGCAUACGUUACACAGUUGGAUUAGAUUUAUUCGAAAGGUUUUUAGGUUUUAUCGAUACUUCUGAAAAACAAGAUGCUGACAGUCUUUAUUGUCAUAUUCUUAAAUACUUUAAACACUUCAAUUUAACUAAGGCUCAAAUUGUUGCCCAGUCUUAUGACGGUGCCAAUGUAAUGGCAGGGAAAUUUAAUGGUAUUCAAGCAAAAAUAAAAAACACCUUUCCCUAUGCUAUAUUCACACAUUGCAUGGCACAUAGGAUGAAUCUAGUAAUAAUGGAUAUGUGUAAACAUUUAAAAGUAAAUAUGAAAAAGACUGCUACAUUGGGAAAGGCAAAUGACAUAAUAAAAGGAGUUAUACAAAGUCUGAAAGAGGCAAGAUCAAAUGAGGGGCUUAAUGAGAUAUGGAAAAACAUUCAAAGUUUUGCUGAAAAAUAUAACAUAUCUUUUGAAAUGUCCUAUGAAAAAGAAAGAUCAAAAAGAAAAAGAUAUGAAUCAAAUUUACUUCAAGGUUUUGUUUUGUCAACAACCACUGGUGCAGAAUUUCAGUCUACUGAAUCUGACUCUGUUGAAACUCAUUUUAGAGUUAAUGCUUAUUUCAAAAUUUUGGAUGCUGUUAUAGUUAACAUGGAAAAAAGAUUUUCAACUGAGAGUUUACAAAUGGCUUCUGCAGUUGAUAAUUUCUUAAAAUUAAACUUUAAUGAGAGUAAAUUCUUUAUUGAACAUUAUCAGGACUUGUUGGGCAUAUCUAAACAAGAUUUAAGAUCAGAAAUGACAGUUGCCAAAAAUUGUAUUGAAAGUUCAUGCGAUAAAAAUGAUUUUAAGCUUGAACAUAUAAAAAAAUAUGUCUCAAAGCAAGUCUACCCAAAUUUGUACAAAUUGUUGCAAGUGGCGAUCACUCUUCCAAUUAGUUCAUCAACAUGUGAGCGUUCUUUUUCGGCAAUGAGACGCUUAAAGACAUGGUUAAGAACAUCUAUGCUUCAAAAUCGUUUCAACACAACUUCAAUACUUAAUAUUGAAAAGGAUAUUACUGUUAAAAUGCUUUCAGAUUCAAUUCAAUAA